AUGAACGGGAUGGCGAGAAUACUAUCCCGCGGGGAGAAGCGCUCAACCGGUAGCAGUUCCAGCAAAGUAUAUCCUCCCGACCGCUAUUCGUUUAUCAAGCUCCGUUCUAGCUCAGAAGAGUCGUUUCUUGCGAGCCGUCGCUCAUAUUUUGCUUGCUCUCGAUUGUCGCGCUUUUUGCUAGGGAGGGUUCCUUAUGCUUCAUUGUUUUUACGGCGUGCGGGGUCACAGCUGCUGGUUGAAGAGCCAUUGACUAACCAGCAUUCUUAUGAUCCUAUACAGUCACGAGUUACUGCAGACCUGUACAGUAUCUUCUCGCCCGAAGACAAAAAGAAGAAACUCAGCAAAGAGGAAGAGCUCAAGGUCAAAGCCAUUGCUCAUAGACUCACGGCCCUUGGUAUCACCAGCCUCAAAGAACCGCAGAUGGAGUAUGCCCUCCGAGUAAAAUCCACCGACGGCGAUGUCGAAAAGGCCGUCGAGCUCCUCGUACUGUUCGAGGAUGCGUUGGAAGGGAUACUGACGCCAUACAAUUCACGGGUGAAGCUACUCGGCGCGGAGAAUCGUGAGGCUGUCACCUGCUACCUGGACGCCUUACUCUUCGCCAUGUUCGCCAGAUUCGACAGUUUUGAGGCUAUGCUAUACGACACGUUUAGUGACGAGCCACGGAAGCUGUUGGCAGCGGUGCUGCGGUUAUGGGUCAAUAUGCUGCGAUCUGGAAGACUCAUCACAGUGGACAUUACGAAGCAGCUGCAGGAGGCGCUUAGUCGUUGCGGAUGGGAAGAUGCCACCAAGGUGCAUCAACAGGACGCUUCUGAGGCCUUCACCUUCAUCACUGGGAAACUAGAGCUGCCGAUGCUGACGCUCAAGAUGGACAUUUACCACUCCGGCAAGACCGAUGCUAAAGACGAUCACAAGAUUGUGAACGAGCGGCUACUGGAGGUGUCGAUACCUGAACCAUCAGAGGAUGGCAAAACUAUCACUUUGGAGGAGUGCCUGGAAUCUUACUUCAACAACCGCAUCGAGGUAAAGCGGCAUCUACAACGGCGGAACACACUGAACACGCCCAUAUCGCAAGACAAGGCUACAGCCUUGCACAUAGAAGUCGUGGAAGUCUCGUCAAGACCAGAUUCUCCUGCUCCCCCUACGCCUUCCACACCAACUGCACCGCCCGCCAGGCCCGUCAGUACACGCCGGCGAGCGGACAGCAUAUUCAGCCAGCGAAAGGUGGAGGUUGGUGAUUCUACUGACGGAAAGAGCCACGACGAUGUAUCUGUUGGUAGCCCGAACCGUCAGCGAGCCAUAUCCAUUCGUAACGAAGUCAUGAUGCCAGCUUGGCAGUUUUUCAGUCUUAUCCCAUGGUACACCGAGACGAGUAACGCCCCAACAAAUGAUGCACAGGUUGCCGCCCAUUUCUCCGCCAAGCGCCCAGUGCUUGGUAUAUGUCUUAAGCGCUAUGCUUUCCUACCCAACGGCACACCUAGACGACUCGAUACAUACAUAGACAUACCCCUCGAAAUAGGCCUGCCACAUUUUAUCUCCGAUGACCGCAUGGAAGAAGAAGAAGGCCCACUGUCCGGAAACUUCAAACUCUCCCUCCAAUCCAUCGUCUGCCACCGCGGCAUCUCCGUCGACUCCGGCCACUACAUCGCCCUUGUCCGCGGCGACGCGCCCAACGCAGACACCAACAGCACCACCCUGAGCCCCUCGCUCUCCCGCCCCGCCUCAGCCGCCAGCUCAGUAACGAGCCAAUCCAGCUCAUCGCACUGGCUCCGCUUCGACGACCUCGCCGCCGAGCGCGUCUCCUACAUCGACAUCGCCCAAGCACUGAAGGAAGAAUCGCCCUACCUCCUCUUCUACCAAGUCCAGCCCAUCAACGACUCGGUCUCCGCCCCUUCCUCACGCGACGGCGCACCUCCACCCUACUCCGAAGCCGACUUCCUCACCUCCGCCGAGCGCUCGACAUCCCCUGAGCAAUUUCCGACCGCCCCGUCUACCAGCACCGUAAACACGACCGCGACCCCGACCGCUGCCGCAUCGACGGACGCAGUCUCCUGGACCCAGCCCAACAGCCCCGAGCUUUCCAACCCCGCGCUCGUGGACUCGAGCGCCACGACCCUGACGACGACCGUUGGCGGCACCGCUGCAGGCACAGCCUCGCCGCUCGAAGAGAAGCGCGGCCGCCGGCAGAGCCUGACCCUGCUCAGCCGCGCGACCGACCGCCUCUCCGCCGCGACGAACGCAGCGCGCACGUCCUUCGAAAGCAGCAACACGCGCCGCAGCAGUGUCGUGCUCUACGCCGCGCCAUCGUCUGUCGCGACGGCGCCGGGAAGCACGGCCACGACGCCGGGCGAAGAGAUGGGCGGUGCAGGGGCGAAAGGCGGGUUCCUCGGAGAGGCGUUGGGGCGGCGGGGGAGCAGGGCUGGGACUAGCGUCAGCACUGGUGGCGCUGGGCCGACGGUGGCGAAGAAGGGAGGGAGUAAGAGCAGGCCUACGAGCCAGAGCGGAGAGGGGAAUCGGCUUAGUUUCUCGAUGAGUCGGCUCACGGGAAAGAAAAGUCGGGAUCGGUUGGGUGAGAGUGCUGGGGUGGGGGUUGAGGAGCUGGAGGUUGAAGGGGAGGAUGGGGUGGGUGGCGAGACGGGGAAGAAAGGUGGGGGUUUGGGGAAGAGUAAGAGUAAGAAGAAGCAUAAGCAUAAGCAUGGGGCGCAAGCGGCGAAGCCAGGAACUGAGGGCGGGGCGUCGGGUGGGAGGAAGGGAUUGGAUCGGGAGUGCAGCGUUAUGUGA